AGCUGCUCAGUGCGCUUCAGCCGGACUCGACGCGGAGCUUCAUUUUCUGUCUGUGCACGCUGAGCCAGCGCUUUAUUUCAAAUGAAGCGUCUUCUCAUUCCGCUAAUAAGUUUCUAUACGUGAUAUAAAAGCUGUCUUCGCCAUGAGCUGCUUGGAUGUCAUGUAUCAAGUUUAUGGUCCACCUCAACCUUAUUUUGCCGCAGCAUACACACCAUAUCACCAUCAGGUAUGUUCAUGUAAACUGGCAUUUUACUCGAAAAUGCAAGAAUCCCCAGAAACAGUGAGCGGAAGCAGCUCUUCUUUUUCGAACCUCUCCGGGCCACCUAUAAAAGAGGAGGACUGCGCCCGGGAGAAAGAUCACCCGCCAGAGGCUGAGUACAUCAGCUCCAGAUGUGUGCUAUUCACGUAUUUCCAAGGGGACAUCAGUUCGGUGGUGGAUGAACAUUUUAGUCGGGCUUUGAGUCAGUCCAAUAGUUACGCACCUGGAUCCACCAACAGCAAGACCGCAAGAGGUACAUCGUCCUGGAGAGACGAUUCCUUCCCUAUGAGCCAGAGAAGCUUCCCUCCAUCUUUCUGGAACAGUGCAUAUCAGCCUUCGGUCACAGCAACUCUCAGCAGUGCCCUGGGUUCCUCCCACACAGAUCUUCCCUUCCCAGCAGACCCGUACUCCACCGCAUCUCUACACAGCCACCUUCACCAAGCCACCCCAGAGUCCUGGCACCCCUCUCACCACCAUCACCCUUACUCGCUCAGUGGAGCCAUCGGCACCCAGGGGUCCGCUUACCCCCGGCCCUCCAUGCACGACAUGUACGGAACGCACUUUGACCCCCGUUACAGCUCUCUGCUCGUGCCCUCGGUGCGGCCGCAUAGACUUCCUCCAGCCACUGUUCCCGCACCUGGAGCCUCACCAUGCGAUAUCAGCAAGAGUGAGCCGGGCAGCUCGGCGUGGACCGGAGCUUUCACAGCGCCGAGCUCUGAUAUGAGUCUGAACAUGGAUACAGGUCUACAGAGCCAGGAUAAGAGCAAGGACUUGUACUGGUUUUAGUGCCCUGCGGCCGCUUCUUUCUCCGCUGGCUUGUCUUUCUCUGGCUUUUCUGUAACAGAUUCUCGUCUCACUUGCAGCUCGGCGCUACACCCUCUGCAGCGGGACCAUCCUAAGCUGAACCCUUCGGAUGAAUACAA